GACUGUAGAUACAAAGAUGUGGAUUAAUUCUGCAUAUGCCACAGAUAUCAGUGGUAAAGUAUAUACCAUAAAACAAAAACUAUAAACGCUUACGAUGUAAAUAAAUAUUGUAAUAAAUACAAUUAUAACACAUUCACAUAAUUAAAACAUAUUUAAUUUGAUUACGAUGAAUUUGAUACUUAUUUUAGUACAAGUAGUAAUAGUUGUUCCUGUUGUUUUUAUAUUUGCGAGAGGAUUAUACUUAAUUUAUUUCAUUUAUACUGAAUCAUGUGGAUUUAAUGAUACAAAAAAAUCUCUACGAACAAUAUUUUGCGUUGGAUCUGGCGGGCAUACAAGUGAGCUUCUGAAGCUAAUAUCGCAAAUGGAUAUGCAGAUAUAUAGACCUCGUCUCUACAUUAUGGCAGAUACUGAUAACACCAGUGAAACAAAAAUACUUAAAUUUGAAAAUAAUAAGAACAAUUAUCAAUUAAGUAAAAUUCCACGAAGUAGAAAUGUGAAUCAGUCGUUUAAGUCUUCAAUUUUAAGUACUCUUUAUGCAAUCUAUGUAACAAUUCCAUUAAUAUAUAAGUUCAAUCCAAAUCUAAUAUUUUGUAAUGGCCCUGGUACAUGUGUUCCCAUCUGUAUAGUUGCAUUUAUAAUGAGAUGCCUGUUUUUAAUAGACUGUAGAAUUGUAUUUGUAGAAAGUGUUUGUCGUGUAAGAACAUUAUCACUAACUGGAAAUAUAUUACAGUUCUUUGCAGAUGUAUUUGUAGUACAAUGGCCACAAGUACAUAAAGUUUGUUUUAGAAGUAAAUAUUAUGGUAGAUUAACAUGAUUAUCACAAAAUAGAGUUUUUUUAAUUACCUGCAAAAACAUGUUUAUAAAAUGUGAAUCCCAAAAGUUUUCAUAACUAUCAUUUCAGUGUCUGUGUUAUUGAUAGCAUAGUAACCCAGCAUCCGGAUAAGAUUCCUAAUAGAAGUAUGUCCCUGUGCUAGACUGCCUUCCCAUGACCAACCAGUUCUAAGAGAAAGGUUUUUUAUUACCCAGUUUAGUAAUAGAACCACACAUGAUAGUCAAAUUAGAGCAAAUUCAUUUUGUAAGAUGUUUUGUAUUUUAUUAAAUAAAAUAAGUAUUAUAAAUAUA